AAAUUCUUCUUCCAUUCUAGUUUUGAGAAAAUUUGUCAAUUUUUUUCGAUCUAAUUUGAUGCUUCUAAUUCAUAUUUGAUCCAUGGUUAGUGAAUUUCUUUUGUUUGACAAUAGUGAUGUAGUCUUCUUCUUAUUGAUUUUUUUUGUACGUUGUGUGUCAUGUUAUUCUGUUCCCCACUAUCUGUUUGAUGUAUUUACUCAAUGAGCUUCAGCUGUUGGUUUAUUCUCAACUGAUAAAACAUGUGAUUAUGUCCUCUUAGACUAUACUUUUCUUCAAUAAUUGUGUUUGAAUUCUUUUGUUUAUGUAGAUGGCUAAUGAUCAAAAUGAUGCUACUGUAACUGAAGUUGCAGUAAUUGGAGCAGCCGCUGUAGUAAUAGCUACCGGUGUUGCAAUCCUAGACAUUUUAAGAUAUAGGAAUAGGACUCUUAUCCCUGAUAUACCUAGGGCACCUCAUGUCAAUAGAGACCGAGAGAGGGAGAGCUAUAUAAAUAGCAUUUUGUAUUCUAGUACUAAGCAUUGCAUAGGUCAGAUAUGAAUGAGUCCUUUGGCAUUUUCAAAGCUAUGUGAAACUCUCACUCAAAAAGGACUUUUACAACCCACGAUGCACAUGUCUCUGAGAGAGCAAGUGAUGAUUUUCUUAAAAAUAGUUGGACAUAAUUUGAGAUUACGGUUGGUUGGAAGCAUCUUUCAUCGGUCUAUUGAAAUCACACACCGAUAUUUUCUUAUUGUUCUGGGCGCCAUUUUAAAGUUAUAUCCAAAGCUCAUUAGACUACCAAGUGUUUCCACUCCAUCGGAGAUACGAAAUAAUCAAAGAUUUUAUCCUUGGUUUUGCAAGUAAUAACAAAUAUGCAUAAUUGAAUUUGUCCUUAAGAAAUCAAGUUACCAAAACUUUGGUUGCCUUGGAAAAAAUAGGAUUGUGUGGGAGCUAUUGAUGGGAUACAUAUCCGAGCGUCAGUUCCCCUUGAACUUCAAGGGAGGUUUCGUGGGCGAAAGGGAUGGACAUCGCAAAUUGUUUUAACAUCCAUCACUUUUGACCUCAAGUUUGUAUAUGUACUUGCGGAUUGGGAGGGCUCAGCACAUGAGUCCCGUAUCUUGAAUGAUGCAAUUUCGAGGCCCAAGGGGCUUCAAGUCCUUGAAGGUAAAUAUUACCUUGCUGAUUCUGGUUAUGGCAUUAGAAGUGGAUUCAUCCCUCCAUAUCGUGGUGUUCGAUAUCACCUAAAAGAGUAUAGUAACCAUGAGCCUAAAAAUGAAAAAGAGCUUUUCAAUCAUCGCCACUCUUCAUUGCAAAGCACUGUUGAACGGGGGUUUGGAGUGUUAAAUAAGAGAUUUCGUAUGCUUGGCGGAAAACCUUAUUUGAAGUAUGAACUACAAGUAGAUGUGGUACUAGCUUGUUGUGUUUUGCACAACCAUAUAGUGGGAGUUGAUCCCAAUGAUCGGAUAAUGCGACGGGUCAAUCAUUGAUUCCAGCCCAAACAACGAAAUCCACAAUGGACACAAAGACAAGAGAGAGAGAAGAAAAUAGAGAAUGGACACGAAAAAGGAAGGCCAUAGCUGAUGCUAUGUGGUACCAAUACACUAAUGGUUUAAAUGUCAUCCUGUGACGAUGUGGAAAAGAUAUUAUCCAGUGAUGUUUUGUUUGCUUAGAUGAUGGGGAAAGUCAGCAAAGGGAUUUUCAUUGCUACCUUCAUGUGUUUCAAGUAUUUGAGACUGCUUUUCUUUAGACUGUUCCAUUUUUUUUUCCUUUUCUUUUCUUGAGACUAGUUAUAUAAGAUUGAGGCUGUUUGUUUUCCAAAUCAAUUUAUAUAUGUUGAUCAGACUGUUUUUUUUAGUACUUGGUGCUCUAGUGGUUUGCUCAUUUAUGCUUUUAUGAAUGAGUUCGAUGGAUUAGAAUUUAAUCAUGGAAGUAUUAGAUAUGAUCAAAAAAAGUGAAUCCAGGGGCAAACAAUUUAGGUGGUCAAAACCCAUGGAGUGUGUUGUUGGAAGUUCUUGCGGAUGAGGUGAAAAUCGGGAAUAGACCUAACAACCCUUUUAGAACAAGCUCAUUCAAUCGGGUGUCGAGUGUCAUAUUUGAGAAAUUCAACGUUGAAUGUUCAUCAGAUCAUGUUGAACAUCAUCUUAGAACUUUGAAAACUGCAUGGGGUAUCAUAGCUCAACUUCGGGAUAAAUCUGGAUUUGGAUGGGAUGACAACAUGAAGAAAAUAAUUGCUAGUCCAACUAUCUACACAGAACAUGUUCAGGCACAUCCAACUCAUGAAAAGUAUCUUAACAAGAAGAUUGAAAUGUAUGAAGAGAUAGCUUUAGUGGUGAACAAAGAUCGUGCGAAAGGGAAUUUUGCUAAAUCAUUCAAUGAUGUUGACUUGGAAGCUAGGCCAGAUAUUGAACCAAUAAAUUCGGAUGAUGACAUUGCCAUUGAAAACAUCUCUAAGGACAAGAAUGCUGGAAAACAAUCGGCAUCCUCAAGUGAAACUUCUGCCCAAUCAAGACGUCAUCGCAAGCGUGGUCGUGAUGCUCAUGAUGAGGAGUCGGAUAUCAAAACAAUUUCAGAAAAGCUUGGGCAAGUUGCGGAUGCAAUUACUAGGCUGACAUGGGAUAGGCUUGAUGUUCAAGCUCUUCAAGAUGAACUGAUGAAGAUGGGAGGUUUUGAUGAGGCUUUUCUAGGCUCGGCUUUUGAUUAUUUGGUGGAGCAUGAAAGGCUUGGGAAGGCAUUUAUGGCAAAGAGCAUUAACCUCCGAAGGAUUUGGCUUGAAGAUUUAAGCAACCAUAAAUUUUGAAGUGAAUUAUAUCUAGUGUUUUAUGACUUACUGGUUCUUGUUGCUAGUAGCAUAUCUUUUUGUUAAAAAAUCUUAUUUGUUGCAAGGGUUAAUUUGUAUUUCGAUUCUGAUAGUAACGAUGGAUAAUUGGGUUAUUCAAUUGAUGCUUUUGUUAUUUGCA